AUGAAACCCAAUUUCAUCUCUUUUCUCCUCUUUUCCUUCUGCCUAUUUGCCUACGUGGCUCAAGCCGAAGACGUUCCCUCUCCUGGAGAUUCAGCAGCUCCUGUAGAUGCUUCUCAGUCUUCUUCCAACUCAUCUGCUCUUCUGAAUACCUUUGAGAAUCCAACGAAUUUUUCUCAAAAAUCGCCGCCACCUCUCCAAGCAGACCAAGUAUCUUCUGAUGGUGGAGACGUGAUUGCUCAUGACGUCAACGGAGAAGCCAUUCCGCCAGCUAUGAGGGCUAUUUCGAAAGCAUCGGCAGCGGAACCAUCAUUGGGUCUUCAUGGAAUCACAGAGCAACAAUUGAACUUGAGAUACUAUAAUUUCAUCUGCUCGUCACACUUCCAUUUGGAUUGUAAGCUCACAGAAACUCUCCAAAUUUGUAUGAAAGAUAGAUAUGUUGCCGUUCUCGGACUUCCACUCGCUUUCGAUUCUGGAUCAACGGACUUGGUUUAUUUGACGAAAUGGAUGAGACAAUGUGAUCAAAACGAUCAGGAUCAGAACCAAGAAGCGAUGAGAAUCAUUAGAAAACGAAUUCAUUUCCAAAACGAGAACAACUGGGAAGGCGUCUUCAAGUCGGCUGGAAUGGUAUCUAUGACCACUGGAGUUCUCGUCUUGGCUCUCAAAUAUAUGUUGUUCUGA